GGGAGAUCAAGCUUGAAUCCUUUUCAUUCUGCACAUAGGUCCAACUGUUGCAUUCUAUGCCCACCUCUGUCACUCACCCAUGUCAGGAGCAAGCCUCUCGAGGGCAGCGCCCCUGACGCGUGUGAUCUGGUAGGUGGCAUACGGCCCCGGUCCGCAUUCAAUUCCCGUAAUCUUCGACGCUUCCCCGAAAUGGGCCCGGAGCACCGGAGCGAGCGCGUCGAGCAGCGGCGACGAAGAAAAAUUCCGCUAGCAUGCGAGCCGUGCCGCGAGCGCAAGUCUCGAUGCGACGGAGCGAAACCGAUCUGCUCCACUUGCAAACGCCGCUCGCUUCCACUCCGUCACUGCAUAUACACUAUUGAGAACGCCCGUACGGCCAGCAACGAAGCCUACAUCAAAAUCUUGCACGAUCGAAUCCAGCGGCUUGAGAAAACAUGCACCGACAACGGCAUCCGAUCAUCCCCGGGCUUGCGCCCUGCGGUCACGGUUUUAUCCCCUGACCAUGAACGACUAGACGCCACAGAGUCAACGGUCAGCAUCACUGCCAUGGGCACCGUCUCGACGGAGCAUGAUGUUUGUCAGGCGUUUGAUGCCGCCAACGAGUUUUACGGUAGCUCCUCGGCCGCAUCUUUCAUGAAGGAGGCCUACACGUCGGUAAAACCGCGUGAGCAGGCACACUCGACACACGAGUCCAUUGUUCCGCGAGCAGAGUCUGUAAACUUCGCAAGAGCAGAAACUUUUGGGGGCUCCCUGUUCGCUCAAGCUGACAAGUUUGCGCUGCCACCCCGGAAUCUAGCCGACCAUUUAUUGAGUUGCUUCUGGGAGAGAGUGUUCUGGCUGUACCCCCUUUUCCACAAGCCAACCUUCAUCCGGGCCUAUGAGAGCUUGUGGCGGCCGGCUCAUGAGCAGCCAGCAGGACGAACACUCCCCGGACUGGGUCUGGGAAGCAGUCCAGGCGCAGAUGCAGGAACAAUCGUUUUCCACUCCGCCCUGAACACCAUCUUCGCACUUGGUGCUCAGUUCGCUGAUCUUAACCCAAAGGACAAGGCCUCGGCAAUCGAGACUUUCUUUAACCGAGCAAAAGCCUUCAUCGGCCUGGACUUCAUUGACAUGAACAGCGUCGGUGUUGUGCAAUCACUUUUGCUGAUGGCUUUGCUUUUACAAAGCACGCCGUUCCCAAGCCGCUGCUGGAACGCCGUCGGCCUGGCUUGCCGCGUCGCUCAGGGACUGGGCCUGCAUACCGAGUCCGACCGCACUUCUCGGCCGCAGUUGGAGGUUGAGAUUCGACGACGGACUUGGCACGGUUGUGUCAUCUUGGAUAUGAUCGUCAGCAUGACUUACGGGCGGCCAACCAUGACGGCUCAUGUACCGGAUUUGCCGCUGCCAGCAACUGAUGAGUUUGACGACGAAUCCGGUCAUGCACGAGGUCCCGGUCAUGACAGCUCGUCGACCAUGUGCUUCUAUGUCGAGUUCAUCCGGCAAUGCCGGAUCCUCGGCGACAUCCUCAUCAACGUCUAUCAGUCCACCGCCUGCGGGCCACCAUUUCUAGGGGAUGAGCACAAGUCGCACGGAAUGGACGCUAUCUUGGAACUGGAUGCGCAGCUUUCAAGAUAUGAAGCUGAUUUACCGCCAAUCAUGUCCUGGACAUCACCGUGUGACAUCAGCAGCUUGGAUGAAGAACGACGACUUAUUCUUACUACUCAAAGGACCGUUCUUCAGGGAAGCUUCCUUUACCUCCGGUUGAUGCUGCAUCGCCCAAUUCUCACCCAGCUUUGCGCGAACGCGACCUCGUCUCCUAGCACUGUGCCUACCUCUCCAGCCAGACCAAGACCGCUGCCCGUUGGCCAGGAACUAUUCGCAUCGUUUGCGGCAGGCUGCGUCAGGAUAUGUCUUGGGGCUGCGAUGGAUCUUAUCGAACUUGUUCACGACACCUAUCUGACGAAUACUACCGGGGGAUGGUGGUGGGAUGGACUGUAUGCCUUCACCGCCGGUCUCGUCGUCAUCGUGAGCUACCUAUCUCCCCAUACCCUGCUUUCGCUCGAUAGACAACGCGUCGAAAGGUCUUGGAUGUUGUGUCAAACUAUCCUGGCGCACCUUGCAUCGUUUAGCAUCUCGGCACAGAGGUCGCUCAAACUCCUUCAAAAGGUGCACGGAGAUGUCAUGUCUCGUUGCCUGGAUAAAGACCAAGAGGCACAACUGCGGCCUCCAACCAUGUUCAAUGCAGCGGCACCCGGAGAGACGGCGCGCCUAGGGCAAGAUGCGGCGAUCAUGUAUCCUGAAGAGGUAGUACCGCUAGGUUUGGGCAAUACCUUCCAGUGGCAGUUGCCUGCGGGCUCAGGUCCGGACAGUUUCGGGGCUGGGAUGGCUUUUAACUGGGACCAAUCUUUGGAUUUGAUCACCGACGGCCUUGGGAUGGGCAUCUACCAAUGAUUUGGCAUCGCCCUUUCACUCGAAAUCAAAGGUAUUCCUAGGAAACGGUAAGAUUGAUACUCAAUUCGCCAGCCACGGCAUCUACUUGGAAACAGCCUGAACUCCGCCAGCCUCAUCAAUGGUCUGGAGCCCCGGGAACCUAACGCCCAGCUGGGCGGUAGUCCUGUGGACUCCAGCACGGAAAAGCCACACCGGUGCGGCCCUCUGCAUGCGGUGUCAGUUGAAGGCAGCUCGGACUUGGUAUGGGAAAGCACUUACCAACAUGGCUAUGUAGCUCAUGAUCCCGGGCAGCGGCGCCAGAAACUGCGGC